UCUGGCACUUACCAUAUUUAAACAAGAGGAAUGACCAGGGGAACAGGAGAAUUAGUUAGGAAAACAGAGGGGAUUCUUCCAUCAGUUGAGGAGGUUGCAGGAGACUCUCUGUGCACGAUCAUACACUUCAUACAUUUAGAAUUUUUAUUUCAUUCAUUCAAAGAAAAAGGCAAUUUAACUUAGAUUAUUUAUUUUUGGAAGACUCCACAUUGGCAAUUGCAAUUUACCUGUGUACUAGGAAGUCUGCGGCUCCGGGGAAGCAGUUGACUUGGAGAGAGAGAUAAACAUUAUUAAUGAUUAUAGACAAAGCAUAACUUUUAAAGUUGCAUCAUGCCAUGUUUCAUUUCAUUGUGUUUGUACAUUUGGCUGGGGUUGUUACCUGGUCAGACAAGUGCAACAGUGAUUGAGGACAUCGAAGUAUUGGUGAUGUUGCCAAAAAAUAACUCCUAUAUUUUCUCAAUAGCAAGAGUGGCCCCGGCCAUAGAGUAUGCAAAGCAGAGGUUGAAAAUCAGCGGCGGUGUAUAUUCCGGACUUAAUUUCAACGUGCGCUAUGAGGAUUCCGACUGUGGCAAUGAUGCGCUCUUCUCCCUGGUGGACCGCUCCUGCGAGAUGAAGCCGGACUUGGUUCUCGGUCCCGUGUGUGAAUACGCCGCGGCGCCGGUGGUAAGGAUGGCUUCCCACUGGAACAUCCCGGUAAUAUCGACAGGUGCUCUGGCCAGCGGGUUCAGUGACAAGGAGAAAGAAUACUCUCACCUGACCCGAAUCUCCCCGUCUUACCUGAAAAUGGCAGAAACAUUCUCAGCGAUGUUCCAUCACUUUAACUGGAAAGAUGCGCUGCUGAUCUUCGAUGACGACAAAAAGGAGAGAAAUUGUUACUUCACUCUGGAAGGGGUGCACAUCAAACUCAUGGAGGAAUAUCAUACGGUCCACAUAGCAAUCAACACUAAAGAAGAGGGCCUGAACGCAGAUGACAUCAUCAACUACAUCUACGAGAGUGAAGGUAGGCUACUGUACUGA